CAGAGUUGAAGGGAGCGCGAGCGAAAGCGGCAGGAGAGAGAGAGAGAAGCAGCACCAGAAAGAGGACCGAGCGCCGAAUAGAAGGAGCCUGGCUCGCUUUUGGGGCCACGAAGCCGCUUUGUGAGAGGAAGCCGACGCUGAGGCAGCCCUUCAAGGGGGAAGGCAACAAGUGGAUCUCUUCAGAGAGCCCUGAACUAUUGGGGUGCCCUCCAUUUUAUAUCAGCGGGGAUUGGGAGGAGAGAACGGGUCGUGACGCCUCUCUCUUUCCCGACUGGACUCUGGGAGCGAGACUUUUCCUCUUCUCCCAUUUAGAAAACUUCAUCACCCCCCAGAGCCGCUCCUGAGAAAGAAGGAAGGCUCCAACAAGUGUGUGUGUGAACAACUCGGCGCAGGACACUCCCACUAGGGACGGCGGGGGAGGGGAGCCUUUCUACUUCGAGAGAAAGAAGUUGUGCUGGACUUGCAGUCUCUUUACGCCUGGAUUUCGUACUUGAGGAAGGUUUUUGGAGAUACCAGCCUCUUCUUACUCUCCAGAGGAAAGUCACGGACAAGUCAAUGCCUUGUGGUGAAAAAGUAAGACUUUGAUCAUUGUUUCCUCCUGCAUUUCAGUUGCUUCUUCGAGUUUUCCCACCUUAAUAUUUUGUUGUUGAAAGACUCUGGUAAACUUGGGGAAAAAACCUGUCUGAAAUAGCUGCUUAGUUUGUUUCUCGACUGGAGGGGAGCAAACUUGUGGACUUUGUUCUAUGACUGCAAAGAUGGAACCUACAUUCUACGACGAUGCCAUCAACGCCACCUUCGUCCAGCCAGAAAGUGGCACUUAUGGAUACAACAACCCCAAAGUCCUGAAGCAGAGCAUGACGCUCAAUCUGGCCGACCCGUCCAGCAACCUCAAGCCACACCUGAGGAACAAGAACGCCGACCUCCUGACCUCUCCCGACGUGGGCCUCCUCAAGCUGGCUUCUCCUGAGCUUGAGAGGCUGAUCAUCCAGUCUGGCAAUGGGCUGAUCACCACCACUCCCACCCCGACCCAGUUCCUGUGCCCCAAAAAUGUCACCGACGAACAAGAAGGGUUUGCGGAAGGCUUUGUCAGGGCUCUCGCAGAGCUACACAAUCAAAACACCAUGCCAAGUGUUACCUCUGCUGCCCAGCCGGCCAACUCUGGCAUGGCCCCAGUCUCUUCCAUGGCUGGGAACAAUGGCUUCAGUGCCAGCUUGCACAGCGAGCCUCCUGUCUAUGCCAACCUCAGCAAUUUCAACCCCAGCACCCUCAGCACGGCACCUAACUAUCCCGCCAGCAACCUGGGCUACCCUCCGCAACAUCAUCUGAACCCUCCAAUGCCGGUGCAGCAUCCCCGCCUCCAGGCUCUGAAAGAAGAGCCUCAGACUGUCCCAGAAAUGCCUGGGGAGACUCCUCCCCUGUCACCAAUUGACAUGGAGUCCCAGGAGAGGAUCAAGGCGGAGAGGAAGCGCAUGAGAAACCGCAUUGCCGCCUCCAAGUGCCGGAAAAGAAAGUUGGAGCGGAUUGCCAGGUUGGAAGACAAAGUGAAAACUUUGAAAGCCCAGAACUCGGAACUUGCGUCCACGGCCAACAUGCUGCGAGAGCAGGUUGCGCAGCUGAAACAGAAGGUCAUGAAUCACGUCAACAGUGGGUGCCAGCUCAUGCUCACACAGCAGUUGCAAACUUUUUGAAAAGUGUGGGAAGCAAACUGUGUUGGGGUGAAAUUAAGCAAAAAGAAAGAGAGGUGGGAGUUGGGAAGCUCACCUGGGUUGCGGGGCAGGAAGAAAAGCCAGAAAGGCAUUGUUCCAGAGAGUGCUUCCACAGCUACCAACACCACUUCCAAAGCAUGCAUGGAGAGAAAGAGACUGGGGUGCCUUUCUGUCUGAGGUGGUGGCAUGUCAGUUGGAAGUACAGCUCUCCGAAGUGCUGUUUCUGCUCAGACAAGGCUACAGAAGCCUGGUGUUAGCUUUUUCUUUCUUACUUUUUAACAUUGACCAAGACCUGCAUGGACCUAACAUUCAAUCAUCAUUCAGUAUUAAAGAUUAAACUGCAGUAGAUACUGUAGAUUGCUUUCUCUUAGAACUCAUUUAAAAAAAUAAGUGGGGAGGGAGUUUGUGGGAGGCUAAUGACUGAAGCUGAACUAUACUGCCUGCCUUAGAGUCCAGUUGUGUAUGUACAGAUACUUUUUUAUUUUAUGACAGCUGAUAAAUAUCAAGUAAAACUACUUCAUGACUUUGUAAGUUAUUUUUAUGUUCAUGUGGGUUCAAACCCAAUAUUGUUUGUAAAUAAGAGAAUUUUUUAGCAACCUUGAGUUUUUUCCAUUUGUAAUAAAGUAUAUAAUUUUUUAUGUUUUAUUCUGAUGAAGAAAUGAAGAAAGGGUAGGUCGUAUUUAAGAAAAUAAUACUUUGCCCACUUUCUUUUAUUAGUGCCAUUAAGGCUACAACACUAUAUAUACUUACCUAGGUGUAAGUCUCAUUGAACAAAGUAGGGUUUACCUCUGAGUAGACACGUGUAACAUUGCACUGUCAGGCAUAUGCAGAAUCAACUUAUGGUUAGCUGUUAAAACUUCACUAAUGCUAUAAGUGGGGGAGGGGGAUUGAGUUCUUCUGUAAAUUCCACACUGGGUUAGUAUGUAACAGCAGUGUAAUCCUUUUUUAAAAGAAGAAGAGAGUUCUGUGCUCCUAUUAUAAUAAAGCUAUUGGUCUUUAGAGUACUGUGUGUCCUCUAUCACUGGAAUACAAGAGGAUGUGUAAAUGAGCCCCCAUGGCCUGUUUUACAAGGAGCUACUAACAUAGUUUUCACAGAAGUGAAGAAAAGUGGGAAAAGAGAAUGGGAUUCCUGUCUAUCCACAUCCCUUUGUGAUGACUUCUAUAAAAUAUAAUUGGUUAUUUCCUAUUUUAGAAAUUCUGUUAAGCAAUUACAUGCCUAAAGAUAGGGGGAAAUGUUCAAAAAGGGAAUCUUCACAUGCAGAAUUUGUCACCUUUAGUAUUUUUUGUUAACUCUUUGAUAAAAGAUGAAAUCUGUUCAUGAGUAUUUACAACUAUGCCUGUUGUCCAAUAAAAUCAUUCUAUUACUCUUUCAA